UGCUAGUUCUGAUUCCAGUUUGCUCCAUCGCCCAUCAUUCUGCCCUCACCCCUGUCCAACUCUACUGCCCCGCAUGGCAGACAAGACGCUCAAGCUCUCGAACGACCAGUACAACUCGCUCCUUCAGGCUUUCGGCUACCCUGCUGCGGGGUGCUUCCUUACCGACUUCAGCCGGGAGGCCGCGCUCCAGUGCCGAGCAUCGGGAGGCGUGCCCAGCCUCGCGCCCAAGGACGGAGAGAACGACGAAAUUUGGCUGUGCAGGUUGCCGCCUAACUCGACGGACGCAGACACGACGGAGCUCACGACAAGCCUGGCAGAUGAAAACGUUUCCUCAUAUCGCUGCUUUACAGCGAGUGGCGGAUCGCGUCGCGCCGCAGUGCUGUACCUUCUCCCCCUCCUCGCCGCCGCACUGCCCGUCCUGCUGAUCUAGCUGUCGAGAACUCCUCCCUCACAUGCCUCCCGCUGUCUGUCGGACAGUAACGCGUCACGCCGCAAAAGUAGGCUUUCAAGUCCCGUGUCUGUCAUCACACGGAGUCGAGCCAGUCCCUGAUUAUUCCCUCACCUCCUCUGGAGCAACUCGUGCGCGCAAAGCGCAUCAACACUUCAAAAAGCUCAAUCAGCUUCACGACGCGAUAAUGGACAUCUCGAUUAGCCCUCACAUAUUUUGUAUAACAUAUUGCC